AAGGUGUAUGUGGGCUUUCACUGUGUGUAGAGUGACUCAGCCGCCUGAAUCAGUGCAUGGCCACAUGAAUAAUAGUAGCAGAUACGCUAGUACCGUUCCGGUCGAGUUUUUGUGUGUGUGUGCAGUGAAUAUCUCUAAGGAGCGCUAUGUCAGGGAAUGUUGAGGACACCCUCAUCCCAUCCUCCCCCCUCCCGUCCCAGGAGAGCAUGGAGAGCAGCGGGAGCACCUUCCAGAUCCUGUCCAGAGAGAGCGUGGACCUGGACAGCAACGACUCGGCCACGGCGGCCAAUAACGCCUCUCCAGACCAGAUCAUGCUGACGCCCGUCGGGGAGUCUAGGGAUGGAGAUACGGGGGAGGGAGAUAUGCAGACGCCAUACCCAGCCACCCAAACCCCUAUUGCCAAACCACGCACUCUUCUCAUGAGAACCAUAGCUUCAGACUCAACAAUGACCCCUGCACCGAUGGGCCUACCCAGUAGCCCUCUACCUCGCGUGGCUUCCAGUGGCUCAAUGGAAAGACAACCGGGUGGGACUCCGCCUACUCCGAGACCACGCCCUCGCUCCGGCGAGCAGCAGGAGAUGCGACAGAGAGUCAACACCUUGGAGACGAAGGUCUCCGAGAGGAAGAGGCAGCUGGAGGAGGCACGCAAGAGGAUAGCAGAGUUGGAGUCGGCGAACACAGAGCUGGAGACGAGGCACAGAGAACCGAAGAAAGUAGACACUGAACCUCUCAGAAAAAACAGUCUGAAGCUUCAAGAGACGGUGAGGGCCCAGGAGACGGAACUAAUGAACAAGGAGACCAUGCUAAAGAGGAGUGAGUCGAGGAUCGCAGGUCUUGAAGAAGAAGUGAACAUUCUCAGACAGCCGUAUGAUCCCAAGAAAAGACUGGAAGUUAGACUCUCUGAGGCCAUUGGGAAGCGGGUAGAGCUGGAGAAGGAGAAUACCUUCUUGAGAGAGGUACAAUAUUGUACAGCGUUGUGUGCUGACUGAGAACUGCGGCUUGUGUGUGUGUGUUUAGAACAAGGAGGGGAGUGAGAGGGAGAGGGAGAUGAGGGAGAGGCUGGAGGAGGAGAAGAGGGAAAUAGAGAAGGAGAGGGAGGAGGAGAGGGAGAGAUUCAGUCUCCAGAUCCACCAGCUGCAGACAGAGAAGGCGAGACUAGCAGAGGAGAAGAGUCAGAUCGAGAGGGAAGAGCUCCAACAGGCCACCGAGGCAGGAGAGGAACUGGAGAGAGAGGUGGAGGGGCUGAGAGGGAGGGUGCGUGAGAUGGAGGCCCAACUGGAGGAGGAGAGGGAGAGAGCCAGGGUGGCAGAGGAGACCAGGGAGAGGACACAUGAUGAACUCCAGGAUCAGUUAAGGAGAGGGAGAGAGGAGACAGAUGCAGUCAGGCAACAGCUGUAUGCUACCCACCAAGAACAAUGUGGGUCACUACAGAGAGAAUGUGCGGAGGCAAGAGAGCGGUGCACCAAUCUGGAACGUCAACUGGCGACUGCAAACGCGGCCCGAGAGGCAGCAGAACAUGCUCUCAAGAACGAGCAGUCCUUGACCGGGAGACUGAAGGAAGAAGUGGCAAAAGGAGAGAAGACGUGCGAAGAGUACACGAUUGAGAUAAACUCUCUGCUUCGAGACCUGGAUGACCACACUGCCAGCAUCGGGACCCUCACUGAGGAGAGAGAUAGACUGAGGACCCAGGUUGAAGGGCUUCGUCGGAGCUUUGCAGAGAAGCAGGAGCAGUUGAAGGGGUUGGGGGAGGAGCUGGCGAGGAUCCAGGAGAGAGAGAAGCGGCUGCAGAGCCAGAGAGACGGGCUGCAGAGCAGAGAGGAGAUCAUGGACCUCCAGUUGAAGCAGUACCAGUUGGACUUUGAGGAGGAGAGGAAGGCCCGGGAGGAGAUGGUGAAUGUAAUGCGCCACCUCGAGGCCAGGGACAAGGACUCCAAAACCCAGAUUGCUGAUCUCCAGAAACAGAUCAACUCGCUCUCAACGGAGAAGAACUACCUGGCGUUCCAGGUCGAGCAGCUGCGUAGCCAGCUGCAACAGCCGCAACAGCAGCAGUAAUGGAUGUCGUUUUGUUUUGGUGACCCCCUCAACCCCACUCCCCCCUCUCCCAAUUAUUUCACCUCUAAAUUUUUUCAUACCACGAUAGUGUUUAGUGCAUUCUUUCGUCCAUGUUUAUAUACAAAGUUAAUUUCACUCAAUAUUUUCGUGGGAUCACUUAGUUAUUGUGUGUGCCAAUGUAAAUUUUUCAGCUGUAUCUUACAUGUUGAACAUCGAUCCUUAGCUGCGUUGGCUGCUGGGAUAGAGAUGUCCAGGUUUAUAAA